AUGUUUACCAACCAUGUUCUCUGCACCUCGGGUUCCAUGAUCCCAGCUAAUCCGAGAACUAUAUACUGGAUCAACCAAUUUCGAAACACUUUCUCGCGACCCGACGGCUUCUCUAUUGAAGUUCGGUUCAAGUCUUCGACGGUCGAGGGUAUAGAUUCGACGGAUAUAAUAUUGGUUUCACGGAACAGCGGGUUUGGUGUGUUCCUCGUUUUUGUUGCUUCGGAGGGCGAACAGUCUCCGGAGGAAAUGGCUCGGAAAGAACAUUGGCUGCGCGAUUUCUGGACGAGGAUGCCUCAAUGGGUCACGGGAACCAUAAAUUAUUGGGGAAUUAUUCUGCAUGGUGAUGAAGUGAAUUUUCAUAACCGGCCCAUGAUGGGGAACAUAAUCCCAAACGUGUAUGCAACCCUCGACAACCCUCUUCGUUAUCAUUGGAUUGCUAGAGAGGCGGUUAGUGUCCUUGGGGUGAUAAGGUGGGAGCAUACUCCUGAAAACUUCCAUGUUCGCCAGUUCGAGUGUAUCCCCCCGGAAGGACUUUCUAAAAAUGAGGCAGAAGACGAGUCGUCGGCUUCGGCAUCCGGGCGAGACAUUAGUGAAGAACGAUAA